UGCCAAAAAAGACGUUGCUGCAGGGCGACCACACGGAGCAGCUCGGGAGUGGAAGCGGCAGCACCAUGCUGGCGGUACGAGGGGAACUGAUCCUGAGCUUCUGGCUCUUCACCAACCUGCAGUCAUUGCAAACCUCUGCUUUUAAUCUGGAUGAGUCGAAUACCCUGACCAAAAAGGGACCGGCGGACAGUAUGUUUGGAUUUUCCUUGGCGAUGCACCACCAGGUCAAACCCACCGAGCAGCAAGUCUUGUUGGUUGGCGCCCCUCGCUCAAAGGCCUUGCCUAUCCAGAAAGCUAACAUUACCGGAGGCCUUUUCCGCUGCAAAUUCACCACAAAGGAGGAUGACUGUGAACGGAUACCGGUAGACACCACUGAAGCAAACCAGGGGUAUGGGAAGGACUACAGGGAAAACCAGUGGCUGGGUGUCCGAGUGCAGAGCCAGGAUCGGGGCAGUAAAGUGGUGGUUUGUGCCCACCGUUACCAGUACUGGAUCUAUAGCAGUCAGCUGGUUCUGGGCAGGUGCUUCAUUUUGGACGAUGAUCUGAAGACGUAUGCCACGAAGAUGUUCUGUCUGAAUCGGCCCAGUGACAAGGAUCUGUUCGGCUACUGCCAGCAGGGUCUCUCUCCGGCCUUCACCAAGGACGGGAAUUAUAUCCUGUUUGGAGCCCCGGGUGCCUACGACUGGAAAGGCACUGUGCGCAUGGACCCAGUUACUGAUUACACUCUGGACAGCUACGAAACAGGAGACCAGAAUCAAUAUAAUGAGCACCUCAUUCCUGUGGGCAUCAGCAGCUACUUAGGAUUUUCUAUAGACUCUGGAAUGAAUCUCCUCAAUAAAAAAGAUCAGAUCAUUGUGGCAGGAGCACCGCGUGCCAACCUAAGUGGUGAGGUUCUGAUGUUGAGGUCUGACGAGGCUACAAGAGACACCAGAAGAUUAAGCGUUGUACGUAUCAUCAAAGGACCAGGCCUGGCUUCCUCCUUCGGAUACUCUCUGACUGUUGUGGACAUCAACGCAGAUGGAUGGGAUGACCUCAUAGUGGGUGCACCACAGUUCUCUGAGCCAGACAUAAACUCAUUUGUUGGAGGGGCUGUAUACGUCUACGUGAACCCUAAAAACAGCAAAGACUGGGACAACAUCCAACCGACUGUUCUCCACGGCAGUGAAGCAUCCAUGUUUGGACUAGCAGUGGCCAGCAUUGGAGAUGUCAAUCAUGACGGCUACAAUGAUUUUGCAGUUGGAGCUCCUUACGAUAUUUUAGAUGGUGCAGUUUACAUUUACCUUGGAACUGCUGGGGAUGUGUCAAAACAACAACCACAAGUCCUCUAUGGUGAACAACAGAAUGUCAAGCUGUUUGGCUAUUCUCUGUCUGGAAAUAUGGAUAUAGAUGGAAAUGGCUACCCUGACUUAGCUGUGGGGUCGCUCUCAAACAAUGUGGUGGUUUUCAGAGCUAAACCAGUGGUACAGCUUAACACAACUCUGGAGUUGAGCCCUAAUGAGAUUGAUUACUUGGGAAAGGACUGCCGCAGACGUCAAUGUAAAAUCAGAGCUACAUACUGCUUCUCCUUCACAACAUAUCCAGCGACAUACAACCCCACAAUAAAUAUUGUGUAUGCCCUGGCUGCUGAUAAGGGUCGUGAUGAGAACUACCAACGGUUGACAACACCAGUCGCUGAAACGGACCUUGUGCUCCCCCCACAGGGCCAAAAGCAUUGCAGCACAACUGAACUCAGGCUUAAGGGAAAUAUUGAAGACAUGAUGUCAGACAUCCCCGUCAGUCUGCUCGUCUCUCUGCCAUCAGACAACCCUGCUCAGACCCUGAAACAGAGCUCUCUGCCUCCACUGAAGCCCAUCCUCAAUCUGCAGCCCUCCACAGCUAAGUUGAAGUUCUUGAACACCGGCUGUGGAAGUGAUGGUAUCUGCCAUAGUAACCUGCACCUCCAGUACAGCUUCUGCGAGAGAGACCCACACACCAACAAGUGCACCCCACAGACCAGGGACGAUGGUGUGCCGAUAAUUACCCCAGGCAAUGAGAACACCGCUUUAGAAGUCACCGUCACAAACAAAGGAGGAGAUAAUGCUCAUCUUACUAAACUGUUUGCACAUCUUUCAAAAGACCUGCAUUUAUCAUCAGUCAUUUCCCCAGAGAACAAAGUAGAAUGUGAUCAAGAGGACAACCUUAAAGUAUCUGCGCAUUGCCUGCUUGGAAACCCUUUGAAAAGAGACGAAGUGGUGAAGCUGUAUCUUAUGCUGAACACUGAAAAGCUGUCUGUGGACACGGAAAACGCCAAGGUGGCAAUGGUCCUUAACACGAUCAGUAACCAAACCAUUCCACCAGUUGUCGCAGAGGCUAAGGUUGUCUUCGAGAUGGAGCUCCAAGUCAUUGGUCAGGCCAAACCAUCUCAGGUGUACUAUGGAGGAACAGCUAAAGAUGAGAAGUCCAUAACAUCAGUGGAACAGAUUGGGGCUCCAGUGCAGUAUGAGUUUAGGGUCACCAACAUGGGUCGGCCUCUGAAGUCCUUCGCCUCUGCAACUUUAAACGUCCAGUGGCCAAAGAAGGACAAAACUGGCAAUUGGCUCCUGUACUUGGUGAAGAUCACUGGGCUGAAGAAUCAGAUUAUCCCGUGCACACCAGCUGCUGAAAUCAGCCCCCUCAAACAUGUUCAGCAGGCUCCUUCCAGAGAAAGGCGGCAGGUAAAAGGUGAAGGGAAGCUGGACGCCCUCAGCACUGAUAAAAUAAUCAGCUUAUUCGGAGGAGGAAAUAGAUACGACUAUCUGACAUGCGCUGAUUUACUGCACUGUGUGGAACUGAAGUGCCCCCUCCAGGCUGUGGACAGUAGUGCAGUAAUUGUUUUCCAUGCUCGACUAUGGAACAGCACUUUUGUAGAGGACUAUAAAUCCCUCGACUAUCUGGACAUUGUCCUGAAUGCAUCUCUCAGCCUUGAGGACUCUCAGAACAACAUCAUGCUUCGGGGCUCUCACACACAGGUGAGGCUAACGGUGUUCCCAGAGAAGAAGCCUGGGUUUCUUAGUCGUUUUCCCUGGUGGGUCAUUUUUCUCAGUGUGAUACUAGCGCUGCUCCUGAUUGCUCUACUGGUCUACAUACUGUCCAAGAUGGGAUGCUUCACAUGCGGAAUGUGCACUGAGGACAAGACAGGAUAUUACCCCAUCAACACAAACAAGGCCGCCAGCUAGACAUCUGCGGAGGAGAACAGACAGAGGAGACUCUUCAGAUUCUGUGGAAUCUAGAAUGUGGGCCUGUUUACACCUGUUUUCUGUGUAGUAUCUGGAUUUACUUUGACCAGAUUAAAGAGAAAAACUGAAUGAAACGGUGUGUCCAAACUUUUGACCUGUACUGUAUAAAUAUGUAUGUUGAUGACAGAUGUAAACAGGCUUUCAUGGUUAAAAAUCAGAGGUCAAGGUGAAUUCCCUAUACACUGAGGAACACACUGAGAGCUGAAAUGAGAAUAGCUGCAGAAAUCUGGAUAAAUAAGAUCCCAGAGGACUAUAACUACCCCAACAUAAACAACAGCAUCAUCAGCUGAAGAUAUAUAAUGUAAAUACCACUAAUUUCACAUAACAAUGUUUUUAUUUGGAUUUUGUAUGUUGCCAUUACGCAUUUCUGUUAUUUGUAUUAUUAAAAACAUUAAAUUAACUAAA